UUUCUCUUUCUGCGUCUCAAGAGCGUUUUCCUUUUCUUUGGUGUAAGCAACUGUCAUCAAACACGCACGCACGCACGCAAACUCUUCAACGCAACGGUGGUGAAACUCUUUCAAAGUUCAAACCCAGAUUUUGAAAAAAAGAAAGACAAAACAAGCAGAGCAUAAGCCAUUACUUAGCUCCACUUUGCUUGUGGGUUAUAUUCUAUAUAAGGGGAAGCUCAAGUUCUUCCUCUUUGUUGCAGCUGUUAUAAUACAUACGUAGAUGGGUUCGACACCAGAAGUGUUGGCUCAGAGAAGUUGUGGCAAGCUCAUUGGGACUCGAUUGCUACAGUACUUAAAUGGAGGUCCUCUCUCCUUCAAAACCCACCAAGCCAUCGUUCUGAUUGUAACAUUUUUUGCUUAUGCUAGUUACCAUGCCACUAGAAAAACCACAAGUAUUGUAAAGAGUGUCCUUGAUCCCCAAUCAGCAGCUACAGGCUUGACCUUCUUUCCAUUUAGGCCAACCAAUUUCACUGAGUCAAAUGGAUCAAAGAGACUUUCUUCCAACCUUGGAGAUGGUUGGGCACCCUUUAAUGGAUCAGAUGGGACAUCCCUUCUUGGUGAAUUGGAUGUUGCUUUUCUUGCAGUGUAUGCUUUUGGAAUGUACUUUUCUGGACAUUUUGGUGAUAGGUGUAAUUUGAGGAUAUUUCUAACAGUGGGGAUGCUAGGAACUGGCUUGUUUACUUCACUGUUUGGGGUAGGGUACUGGGGAAACAUCCACAACUUCUACUAUUAUUUAGUAGUUCAAAUGAUUGCUGGAUUGUUUCAAUCCACUGGAUGGCCGUCCGUAGUUGCUGUUGUGGGUAACUGGUUUGGGAAGAGCAAGAGAGGGUUGAUCAUGGGAAUUUGGAAUGCUCACACUUCAAUUGGGAACAUUGCUGGUUCUUUGAUUGCUUCUGCCAUGUUGAGCUAUGGAUGGGGUUGGUCCUUUGUGGUGCCGGGACUAAUAACUGCUUUCAUCGGUUUGGCGGUUUUCCUUAUAUUGCCGGUCACACCCGAGUCAGUAGGAGCAAGAGAGGAAGAUGAAUUCAGUGGUCCUAUUAAAAGUGGAGAAGAAGCGGCAGAGCCUCUGUUAAGGCAAGAGACUCCAGUUGAGGAGAAAGAAGCAGUUGGGUUCAUAGAAGCAUGGAAAAUUCCGGGGGUUGCUCCCUUUGCUCUCUGUCUGUUUUUUGCCAAAUUGGUCGCAUAUACGUUUCUCUAUUGGCUCCCAUUCUAUGUUAGCCACACAGCAAUUGAUGGGAAAUAUCUAUCUAGUGAGACAUCAGGAACUCUAUCCACUUUAUUUGAUGUUGGAGGGGUGCUGGGUGGAAUUCUAGCCGGCCACAUUUCUGAUCACUUAGAGGCUAGAGCCAUUACAGCAGCAAGUUUCAUGUACUGUGCAAUCCCAGCUCUCUUCUUCUAUCGAAGUUAUGGACAUGUUUCUUUGAUUGUAAAUGGAGCAUUGAUGUUCGUCACUGGCAUGUUUGUGAACGGGCCUUAUGCUCUUAUAACUACUGCAGUUUCAGCUGACCUGGGAACACAUAAAUCAUUGAAGGGUAAUUCACGAGCUCUAGCAACUGUCACAGCAAUCAUUGACGGAACCGGUUCUAUUGGGGCUGCAGUUGGACCUUUGUUAACAGGUUACAUAUCUGCAAAGAGCUGGAGUGCUGUUUUCACAAUGUUGAUGGCAGCAGCUUUAAUUGCAGGGCUGCUUUUGACCAGGCUAGUAGUGUCUGAGGUGGCCACAAAGAUUGAAGAGUCGAGGUCUAAUAGAGCACAAGACUGUUCACUUAAUGUAUAAGAAUAACCUUGAAGGGUCACAGCGAUCUUAUGUUGCUGUAUGUGUAGUGUAGGAGUGCCUAUAAAGUCUCAUUCACAGCUUCACUUCGUUAAAUUAAAGAGGAGCAUGCCCAACAGUGUUUGUACAUUGUGUGAUAUACCCAAUUACCAACUCUAGCAUAGUAUCAUCCCUACACACAAGCUAUUCAAGAAUUCCUUGUAGCCUUUUAAUUUUGGAAAUUGACCACAUUGUUUGGAGGUCAAGAAUGAAACUUGUCUAGUGAGUUUACAAAUUAGCAUUUUUCAAUGGCUUAAUGGGUGCACCAAACUGCAAAUACAAAUAGCUGGUAAAGAUAAGCUCCAUGCUUUUGUAGAUUUUGCUCCAAGCCCCUCAGUUGGACUUCUUUGAGUUUGAGGAUGCCCUUUGCUUCUUAUUCUUUGAACUUGGACUUUUCACUCAAUACUGAUAUCAGAAGACAAUAGGUCAACUCCCUUGAAGCUUUCCUCAGAAACUAACACUAUUAGCUUAUUAAAUACAUAUAUAUGCGCUUUUAACCAUUGCCAAAAAUAUGGCUUGGGAUCUUAUGUAGUUGUGGUGAUAAGUUGCCGUUGUAUUCUGAGCGAAUAAUCAUGAACUCUGCCCAGAAGUUUUCAGUAAGGUGGCUUCAAAAGUUUACAAUACAAUUCUUUCAUUUUUUGAAGAUUACUUUCUUUCGGAGCUGGAGCUUGUUGCACGUACUUCUCAAAUAAUGGUUCAAGUACAAUGGUUGGAAAAUGGAAAGCAAUUAUCAUUUUCGGUAUCUGUCUAGAAGCAUUGUUUCUCCUCUUACAGCUUGCAAUUUUCCCUUCUAUUUAUUGGUCAAGUAAUUAGUUGCAUAUCAAUAGUUUGGUGUGGAAGUUGAAAGUCUGUGGACUUUCGACAAAGCAUGACAUUUUUGAAGAAAAUUGACGUGCAAAGCACACAACUUCUCGUAAGAAUAAAGGACACAAUUGGCAUGUCAAGUUGAUUGCGUUGUAUAUUAAGAUUGGUUUGAAGGCUGUGAAUUUAGAAAUAAAUUUAUGGUCCAAAAUUGAUGUCGGCAUUAUUCAUGUUUGUAAUGUAUAUUGUUAUUAUUUAGGUGUGGGGACGAAGGAAAAAUUGGUCCACUAAUCAGUAUAUUUUGUUAAAAUGUGAAAAAAGGAGAAGAACCUAGCUUUGGCCCCCAUUAGUGAAGAAGUCCUAAGGUGGUCCACCACACCAGGAGGGGUUUAUCAUAAGUUGGAUGGAUCAUUUUUGUCGCUGCAAUUUUCUUUUGUUUGAUAGUUGAUGUAUCUUCGCCAACUUGAAUAAGGUACUAUCAUAUGGUGUGAUUGCAUAGUUUGUCGUCAUUUAUGAUUGGACAGAGAAUUCUAUCCGACCACUUUGCCAUUCAUAGAGUUCCAUGCUCAUUUGAUCAAUUAAGAGUAUAUUUACUGUGUA